GCGUGGCAGCUGAGAUUCAGCCAUCUGAUUGGCUACGGGGCCAAGUACUACUCGUACCUCAUGUCUCGGGCCGUGGCCUCCAUGGUGUGGAAACAGUGCUUUGUUCAGGAUCCGUUAAACAGGGAGAUGGGUGAGCGGUACCGACGGGAGAUGCUGGCCCAUGGAGGAGCCAAAGAGCCGAUGCUGAUGGUGGAAGGCAUGCUGCAGAGACGGCCCAGCAUGGAGGACUUUGUGGACGCGCUGGUGUCUGAGCUCAACCUAAACUUUGAGGCCUUCCUCAUGGACUCUGAAAGCUGAUGAGAGGGAAGGCACGGAGGUGUUUUCUGGCCACAGUGUAACCAGGAGUCAUAUUGACUUUAAUGUAACUCGUCCAUUCUUCUUUUGACACAACAUGAAUUAAAGAUUUUGUCCCUGACAACUGAAAG